AUGAGCGACAUCGAAAACAUUCCGACUCCUGCGAGCUCCGUUCAGAGGCGUCCGGCCUCUUCGGGUGGCGACGCCUCAACCCCGCACCCUCGACCACUGAGUCUGUUGCUUCCUUCGAUUCCGGCAUCGGACGUUCUGGCGAGGACUCUGGCGAUACGGACGGAUCCUAUGAAUCUGAGUCAACUAGUUCUGAUGGCUCUUCAACUCCCGAACAGGUCGAUCAAGCUGGACUUUCGCACGGCCAAUGCAAUCGCGAAGAUUGCGCAGCACGAGUCGCAGAAGACCUGGCCACGAUAUCCAGACUCGAGGAAUGGGUCAAACUCGCAACCAGUACCAGGAUGGAUGAACUUUUCGAUCAAAAGAGAAGUUUCCGAAAGGAUGGAUGAUGUCUCGAGGCUCUAUCUGCAAGUUCAAGUCAAAGAGAAGGCACUGGGUGAAACACAUGCCGCCAUCGACAUCAGAAUGAGCAAGAUGGACGAAAUGCUCGGACUUGCCAACGACUCAAAGGCAGAUAUUACACGCAAAAAUAAGGAACUCGACGAGCGACAGGAAUUUGUCGAACAACAAACCAAGAAACUCGAAAACAGCCAGGAAAUUUUCAAGAAGCAGUCGGAGCUGUUGACCAAGCUCUUGCGACAACAGCAAGAAUCCAAAGAAAAAACUUGA